CUUUAUUCGUGAAAGUUCUAUUAUGAAAUUGCAGAAAUGUUGAAAUUAAAUUUCCUAAUCAAAUUUUUCCUUAUCGUCUCACUUACAACAAUAGUUGCGUCUAAUGCGCAGAAUUAUUUUCCAAAUUUUUUUUGUGGUAAGAUUGAAGAUUUGCGAAGAUCAGUGAAAUGUGAAGUAACGGAAAUAAAUUCAACCAGCAAGCUGCAACAAGUAUUUGAAGAUUUUAAUAGAUAUCAGCUUUACUAUCAAGCACCAUACAAUGGAUAUUACGCUCAGUUUAGAAAACAAAUUUCAGAAUACAGUGAGCUUGAAUUUAAUGAUUGCAACUUUGAAAAAUUUCCAAUUGGAACUUUCAGCCCAUUAUCACAUAUAAAAUCUAUUAAAGCUGAAAAUGCCGGAAUAUCAAUGUUAAACAGAGACAGUUUUACAUCCUUUAAAUCUCUCGAAUUUCUUGAAUUACAAUUUAACAAAAUAACAACAAUUGAAAGUACAGUCCUUAUAUACUUAAAAUCACUUAAGCUAUUCAACAUUUCUCAUAAUCAUAUAGAAAGCAUCAAUUUAAAUGCUUUUGAUGACUGCAGCACUAAUUUAAGUAUUGUGGAUCUUUCCCAUAAUAAAAUCCAAACUAUAGAUGUGCACAUUUUUAAUGCUUUAGCAACAAACAUCAAUUCAAGUCUUUAUCUUGCUUUCAACAAUAUAGAGGAAGUGAAACAGUCCGCGAUAUCAACAAUUGGAAGCAAAACAAUAAAAUUGCUUGAUUUGAGACAAAAUAAAUUAAAGAAAUUCAGCCUCAACUGUCAAAGUGUUGAUGAAUUGUUGCUGAGUGAUAACUAUUUGGAAGAAAUUGACACAUCAAGUUGUGAAUUUAAGAGUUUGGACAUUAAAAACAAUUCAUUGACUUCCAUAAAAUUUUUAAAUGUUUCGUCACUUCAACUUUCAGACAAUACCAAUUUAAAUAAUGUGAGCUUUGCUUUUGAAACUCUGAGAAAAUUAGGAGCUGCAAGUAUUCCAUCAAAUAUCGUUACUUAUGAACUACUGAAAAAUGCAUCCCAAUUAACAGAUUUGGAUGUUUCAAACACAUUCCUUGGAUCCCCGAAAAUUGAAACAUUUUCUGAAAUGACCUUUCUUGAAGACUUGAAGUUAAGAAACACUGGAUUAUCACACAUCGAAUAUGGGAUGUUUGGACAUCAAAUUAAUGUCAGAAAUUUUGACAUUUCUUACAACAAUCUUGGGUUUGUUGACAUUGAGAUGUUGUCAAGCAUGAAGGCACUGGAGACUCUCGACAUUAGUGGCAACAACCUGACACACUUCAACGAAGUCAACGAUUUUAAGAGAAAUUUUGCAAAUUUAACAAUGAUUGGAAUUGAAGAAAAUAACUGGAACUGCUCGUACCUGACAAAAGUUGUGAAAGUAUUCUAUGAAAAUUCAAUUUCUAUUAAGCAGCCACUUGUUCCAAUUAAAAGCUCUUCAAAUGUCAUGGGUAUUGGAUGUACAACAACUUCCAAUCAGAAAAUCAUGCCUAUCGAUUCUGAUCAUGCAAAAGAUUUAGUAUCACAGAAAUUAAAUGAAAUUAUUGAGCAAAUGAAUGCUGAAAAAGUCAAUAAUAACAACGCAAAAUACGAUAGCGACAUAAUCAGAGCUGAAUUGUUUCAUUUACAGCGAGAAAUGAUUGAAAUAAAAUCAAAAUUGCUGCGAAGUCAAAUUUCAGAAGUAAUAAACAAUAAGAAUGACUCAAAAGGAGCUGAUUCAGCAGUUAUUAAGCAUAUCGAACAACUCAUGAACUUCACAUUGGACAAACAACAAUUGGCAAAUGAUCAGUUGAAAUUAAAACUUGACGAACUUCAGAUUGAACUCUCCAGAAACUUCAUCGAACAUGACAAAUUUGUGCAAAAAAAUAAUUUAAAGGAUUUUCACUACUCGAAAAAUGAAAUUGUUAAGUUUGACAGCAUCAAGUCAUCAAAUGAAAGCAACAACAAUCAUGGAACUACAAACGUUCUCCUUGCAAUAGUUAUGACUAUUCUUGGUGUAAUUGGAAUCAUGUUUGGAUACACGAAACUCAAGAAUUUAUUGUACAGAAGAAAUGAGACUCCAAGUGUUCUCGCAAGAUCAACAAAUACAAUGAAUACGACCGUUGAGAUCCCAUUUGAUGAUAAGAGGUUCUAG